GUCACAACAACCACAUAUUUCGUAUUGUUUCAGAACGCUUCUGAAAAUCACCGCCGGGCGAAAAAAGACGCCCGCCAUAAUCUUCAACUCAUUUCUCUCGACUGUUAUAGUCAUGGACAUGUAAAUCCACUUUUGAUCGCAUGUGUUUGAAUCAAUAAUCGUAUCUAAAGUGUUUUUCAUUUGGGAGAUUAGUUUUCUUGAAAAUAUUUGCGGAUUUCCCGGACCUUUGCUUGAACGGAAAUUUUCAAAAUAGAAAAAGAUAUCUCUACCAGCUCUACCGCCUCUUCCAAUCUGUACCUGCUGCUUUUUACCAGUAUCCCGAGGACAAAACACAGCUGGUUUCUCGAUCAAGAACUCCCAAACUUUUUUUCUUUACUAAAGACAAUUUUUCUUUUCACAAACUGAAGCAGGAAGUGUACGAUUUCCGCUUCUUGUGUUUUUCGAGAAGGAAUACAGCAUUUCAUUCCACAAUAUGGGGUCAAGUGGAAUAUUCUCCGUCACAUUUCUCAUCUCCCUCGUCAUUGCCGUCACCGGGCAUCCACAUCCUCCUUGUGACUCGGCCUCCGGAGGAGCAGAGAUCGUUGUCGAGUUCAGUCCCGACCCAUUCUUGAUCGUCCUCGAAGGCGUCGAAGGCCUCGUCAAUGUCACCAUCUACGGCAUCGUAGGAAACAUCACGGUCUCGACGUCGAUCGGCGAUUCGAACUCGUUCGAGUCCUUCUUCAAUGAAACGGUGAUCACUGACGCAGUCGACGGUAAUGUCACGGUGAUGAUCCCCAUUCGAGGUCGAAAGCUAAGCAUCAGCUCCUUGAUCCUGAACAUCACACACGUUUAUCAAGUUGCAGACGAUGUCCUGUUGAAGGGAGAUGUCGCGUCCAGUGGUGAUGGCGGAAACGAAGAGGAAGCUUCCGUUCGUGAGUACAUAGAAACGCACUCGUUUACAUAUGAUAUCAAGGUGUCCAGACAACGAAACAUCCUAGAAAAGGUGUUCACAUAUAGUCUUCUAGGAUGGCUUAUUGUAUCAUACGUAACAAUGGGUUCCAAGAUGGACCUGGCCGUGAUUUGGAACAAGCUACGAAGACCAUAUGGAGUGCUUACAGGCAUUGGUUGCCAGUUUAUCAUCAUGCCUUUGAUCGCCUUCGCACUCGCCAAAUCACCGGGAAUCACUCCCGAAGCAGCCAUCGGACUCCUCGUCAUCGGUUCCUGUCCCGGUGGCUGGAUCAGCAAUAUCUUCUCGCUCCUGAUGGACGUCGAUUUCGUCCUAAGUCUGACGAUGACGUUCUGCUCGAGUUUCAUGGCGUUGGGUCUGAUGCCGCUCAACAUGUUCAUCUACGGGUCAAGGUUAACAGAAGGCAACUCGUCUGGUCUACAGACGCCCUACAAAGAUAUCGCCAUGCAAUUGGGUCUUAUGCUACUACCUGUUGGAUUAGGAAUGUAUAUUGCACACAAGAGCGAAAAGAUUGCGAAGAUCAUGCUGAAGUGCCUGAAGCCGAUGUCUUGUGGUCUGAUCGUCAUCGCCCUUGCAAUUGGAAUCCCGUCUCAGGUUUACAUCUUCGACGUUCCCUGGAGGAUUUAUCUCAUCUGCUGUGCCCUCCCUUUCUGUGGGGGCACUCUCGGCUUCGCUAUCUCCAAGCUCCUGCGACGGCCCACCAAAGAGGCCCUAACCAUCUCGUUCGAGACCGGCGUCCAGAACAGUCUUCUGGCAAUCACCGUGGCGAAGCUGUCCUACCCGAUUCCCGAGGCUGACCUGAUCGCCCGCAUGCCGCUCCUGGUGGCAAUGCUGCAGAUAUUUGAAGGCACCGUUAUGAUCCUGACCUACGUCAUAGUCCGACGCGUGCUCAUCCGUGUUGGAAAGAUUGCCAGGCCAGAUACGGGCGACUACCAUCAAUGCGAUAUUGAAGCAAAAGCCAGUGACGCCGUGAAUGAGGAUGAUGACGAAGAGGACGACGAUCUUCAUGAGGAGGAGAAGCAAGCACUCAAGGCGCUGGACGUCGGUGACGACUUUGAGUUAAAAAUCGAUCCUUGCGAGAAAAAUGGGUAUGUUAAGAUGAACGAGGAGCAGACCGACGUCGAAGGGAAAUGCGAUUCCCACGCUGACGUCGCAACAAAAGCGCUGCCUGACAGCUUUAAUGAUAACAAGGCAGGUUACGUGAAAAUAAAAGAAAGUACAAGCGAUCAGGAGAACGACGACGAAGUUCAAGCUGACGACGUAACCAAACCAGAAGUAGUUGAGAUCCAUCCGAAUGAAAAUAUGAAUAACAAUAGCGAGGAGCAAAAGACGGGCUCUAAAAGCAUAACUCACCCGGGUACCGAUAAUGUGCCGAAGAGUUCCGAGGAGGGCAGUGGCGCCGAAACUCAGACCCCAUGUGAUCCAGCCGAGCAAGAAACCAACAUCUGAAGUACAGGCCUCAUUCACACUACGUCAAGACAUCGCGGUAAUUGCCAAGCAGCUUUCACCGAAACAUGGCGAUUAUGCUCACUUUGCCGUGCCCGGUCUGUCCUCUAUUAGUCUGUAUAAAAGCGACGUGUGCUCCCGCUCAUACCCUAGCUACCCAUGAAUACCGACCCUGUUUUUUUUUG